UUCACUCACAUCUCUAGGAUGCUGCUUGCCUGAUAAGUCGACCUCGCAUUAAUCACAAUACCUAAAUUAUCAUUUGUAGUGUUAUGUUUCUUCGUUAUCUCAUCCAUUCAUGAUUUUGAUAAAUAUGAAGCACUUCCACUAAUGAAUCCCAUAAAGGCUGCAUGUGCUAUAGAAAGAGCACCUCAUGACAAGUCUGUAUUAACAAUGGACAGCCACUCUUCUUGUUUUCUUAUCAUUUUGAGAAACCUGUACUUCCCUGCCUAACUUUCCUCCUAUGGACAGUCACUGUGAUGAUGGAUAAGACGCUACAUAGUGAGUGUAGCGUCUAUAGUCUCUUAUAGGGAGAUUUAUAUAGAGGGGGUGAUACGUGAUAUGCUUCCUCACUCUUUAGUUCUCCCUGGAAGAAAUACAUCCUCCAUACUUUUGCUUCCUAAGUUCUCACUGGAAGAACAGACGGGCUAAAAUCCUUUCACUUAUCACAUAGGUGUAGGUAUGAUUACUAACGCUUUUUCUCUUCUGCAGCAUUUGGCUUCUGUUUAAUCUCAGUUUUCCCUUUUGGAAAUCUUUCGGUGUCCACUUUUACUCAUAUAUAAAAGUGAGGGCUCGGAAUAAUGUCGAACAAUGAACCAGCACAUAGCAAUGAUGUUCCUGACAUGUCAAGCAUGGCGGCUUCUCGCAUUAUCUGGGCAAUGCAACCAACAAGGAGUUUCUUGCGGUGGUCUGAUGAUCUCCAUAUGAUCUUUGUGAAAGCCGUGGCAUAUCAAGGCGGACCCCAUGAUGCUAAACCGGCUGCCGUGCAGAAGACAAUGGAAGCUAUGGGGGUCAGAGGCCUCACAAUAAAAAAGAUCAAGAGUCACCUCCAGAGGUACAGGGAGAAGUGUGUUUUAGGACCUGAAGCUCCUGAUGAUAUACCAUGCACCACAUCAUCUAUCGCGGCAGCACCUAAUCUGGCUUCUCAGAUACUGAUGGACACUGAGGCAGUUAUGCCAGAAAUAGAGGUAGUGAACAGUUUUCUUAUGGAUGACACAGAGAUGGUGGAUAACAACUUUUCUGUGGACCAGGUACAGAUGGUGGAGAAGGAGCUGAUGAAUGAAAUACAGGUUGUUCAAAAUUUCACGACAACAACGAUUGAGCACUACUCGGAGUGUUCACAGACUGCGAUUGAUGAAUACAUGGAUGAUUUGGUCGACUAUGCAUUCGGCCAUUUCGACUACCCAAAUUUCAACCUGUGAUUCCACUCUCAUGGGUGCUCUUUGCCCUGUGCUUUCACGUUCCUAUGACUAUGAGAGACUUGAUACGAGGCUGUUUUCUGACUGAAAGCAAAAUGAUUGUGAUAGUUAUUGCAUAGAUCGUCCCUAAUUAUAAAGUCGUGGCAGUGCUUGCUUCUUGGAGCAUCUAGAAUUGUUCUGGAUUUGGAAGGGGAAAGAUAGAUUGUGGCAAGGCUUAGUCGGAGCAUACUGGAGCAUUUUAAGUAAAAUGUCUAGCAUACAUUCUGCAAUAUUUUAGAUGGUUUGAAGAUGCGAUUGUACAUGUAUUGCAGGUUGGUGUUCACUUGUUUGGACUUUGGAUCUCGGAUGCUUCUGUUCAAGUUUUAGCAAUAUUGAAUUAUGUAGUUGAAGUA